UCGCACUCGGCCACAGUCGGUCGUCGCGUUUGUACACCGGUACCGCCUUCUACCGAAAACCGAAGUGAAGAAACCAAAAUUGAAUACCCAACAGCGAGAGUCGAGUCAAAAGUCGUAGUCGCAGUCGUAGUCGUAGUCGUAGUCAUAAAGCGUUUCGGCGCUAGACGAUCGCGAGAAUUGCUAUUGCUGCAGCUGAAAUGUGUCGCACAAGAUCGCUGCGUGUCGCGCUCAAUUAAAUACACAUAUUUUUUUAUUUCCUCCUAUUCUGUUCCCUUUUUUUUUUUUUUGUGCUUUUGCACCACAUCGUUGUGUUAUUUAUAUUUAAUUGUUUAAUAACAACAACAACAGCAAAGUUAAGUGCGAAAAGUGAAGUGGUAGUGGAGUUUUGCCGACGAGUGUGCACAAAAUUGGAGCAGGCUCCAGAGUUCUCCAGAUCGAGAGUUCCAGAGUUUCGAUUUGGGUGGCGUUGGCGUUCCCCUGGAAAAGAGCACGUACACAUUGCCGCGGAUUGGAGAACCCCCCCAUAUUUGGGUGCGGAGUCCACCACCUGUCGUUAAUUAAAUGUCAACAGAUUUGAAAGGAGUGGCGAAGGAAGAUCCAGCCGAGACCGAGGAACCAAAUGAAUUGGAUUCGGAACUGCGACCUUAAAUCCAGUAAUAAGCAAGCGAAAUUAUGCAAAAUGUUUCCCCGACUGUCGAAUAAAUCAUAAGAAACCAGGCAGAAGACACACUAAAACAGGGGAUCAACUGGUUAAGCGAAACAAAUCUCGAGGGACACAAACAAAAACGAAAAAGAAGGAAAAUGGUUAAUGCGGUGAUGGAUGCCAUAGCGCUGCUCAGCUCGCUGGCCAGCGACUUGGACAUAAUGCUAAACGAUCUUCGAUCGACGCCGAGUCAUGCUGCAACAUCAUCAUCGUCAUCGUCAACGACAACAGCAACAGCAACAGCAACAGCAACAAGCGCAACAACAGCAAUGCCAACGAGCCAGCAGCAACAUCAUCUCCAUAAUCAGCUGCCAAUGCAAUCACAUCAUUGGCAGGGCAUUAGCAAGAACAAGAAUAACAAUUGCAGUAAGAGUAAUAAUAAUAAUAACAAUAAUAAUAACAACAACAACAAUAAUUUGCCACACCCACCUGGUCUGAUCGACAUCAAACUGAAGUCGAUCCGAUCGGCGGCAACAACAAUAACAACCAGCGCGACGACAACAACCAGCAAUCAGUUGCAACAACGACGACGAGUGGCCCCCAAACCGCUGCCACGCCCCCCGCGACGCAGCCGCCCCCCGGCACCGAAGCAGGAGGCAGAGGGGGAGGAGGAUGGGGAUACGGACGCCAGUGACCUGGCCAAUUCGACCUGCCCGCUGAGCGCCAGUGCAGCGGCCACACGGAUCACCGGUCUCUCGCCGGAAGUGAAAAAGGUGCAGAGACUGCCCCUGUGGCAUGCUCGAAAUGGAAAUGGAAUUGGAGUCGCCGGAAAUGCCGCAAAUGGCGGAAACGGAAACACCACCCACUGCCACCCAACAGCGAACUGCGUCCCCCUGCAGCGACGUCUGCCGGUCCAAGGUCAUCAGCAGCGAAUUCUGACCCAUCGAUUUCACCAUCAUCGACAUCAGCAUGGAACAAGUGAACCGCUUCCCUCUGCUGGUGCCACGCCCUCGUCUUUGGAGGCGUCCUCUGUGGAUGCCGGCAAUUCCCACGGUGGCAACAACAAUAACAUCAACAACAAUCACAAUGGCCAGCAACAGUCACAAAAAUCUCAGCAACAGGCGAGCCUCAACGCCAUCAGCAGCAAACUGAAUGUCCUGGCCCAGUCCACUCUCAAUAACAACAAUACGAGCAGUCAGUCGGGAUCCAUGACACCAGCCUCAAAUCGCACGGGCCUGGACUCGAAUCAAAACCAAAAUCAAAACGCAGGCAGCCGCCGGAGCAGCAGCCUCGAUCCGGAUGUGGAUGAUGUCGUGGAUGCGUCCCACGGCGGAGCCUUCGAUGAUGACAUGCAGGCCCUCCUGCCCAAGUGCUCGCGUCGGUCCCGGGAUGAGCUCAGUCAGUCGCGCACAUCCUUGGUGUCGAGCUCGGAGGGUGGCAUCCUGGCCGAGGGCGAGACGUCCAGCGAGGACGACGAGGAGGAGCCCGUGGAGGCGGAGGACGAGGACGAUGGCGAGGAGAGCAGUCGCGAUUCCAGCGACAACUCGCCGCCCUGCGACCUGGGACUCAUGGAGCGCCUCCUGCUGACCCAUCCGAUGUGGUUCCUGCCGGGCAUCCAGCGAUCCGGGGCCGUUCAUCUGCUCCAGGGCAAGGAGGAGGGGACCUUCAUUGUACGUGGUUCCAGUCAGCCCAACACGAUGGCAGUUUCGGUGAGACUUCCCCAGGACACGGGACCCUACAUCGAGCACUAUCUCAUUCAGUCGCACGACAAUGUCCUCAGCCUGGAGAGCUCCCGUUUCACAUUCGGCUCGAUUCCUCUGCUGAUUGCCCACUACGCGCAAUGUUGCGAUGAGUUGCCGGUGCAGCUGAUGUUGCCGCGUGUCCUGCGGGAGGCGAACAACCGGAAGAAACUCAGCUCGUUGGCCCUGCUUGGCCAGGAGUUCUGGAGCUAUGCCAGCAGUCCGGCCCUCCUCGGUCCACCCACGCCGACGGUGGCUCCCGCAAAGGAUCAGCACCACCUGCUGGAUGCCAAGUCGCCGCUGUCGCUGACCGAAACCAGUGGCCUGGGCACGGCCACGUUUUUCAGCGAUGCCCUGGCCAAGCCACCGCCCACCGGGGCCCCGCCCCUUCCGGGCAGCAGUCUCUUCAGCCCCACCGGCAGUGGCCAGCUGCUGGGCUUCUUCAGCCAGGCGGGCACUCCGUCGGAUACCACAAACUCGAGCCUGAGUUCCUUCACCACCAGCGGGGGUCAGCAUCUGCAGCUACUGAGUCCGAAUUCCGUGGACUCGGUGAUACUCACCAUGUCGCCGGUGGACAAUCCGGGGCAUUAUUUGCCGGGAUCUGGCUCUCUAGCACCCAUUUGCCCCUUGGUGGGUGACCAGCAGCUGAGCACCUUUAAGGUGGCCCAAACAGCGACGGAACAAGUGGAUCAAGUGCGUCCGCAGCGACCGAAGCCACCGAAUACAUUGAAUCUCAAGCCACCGGCGCCACCGAUGCGAUGGUCCAAGCCGCACUCACCGGAUCAUCAGAGUGCGGGCGGAAAUGCUAAUGGUAAUGGUAAUGGUAAUGGAAAUUUCACGGUCACCACCACGGUUACCUUUUCGAUGGAGAACGGCGUGGGCGGUGGAGGCAGUGGUGCGGCCGGAAAUGGCAAUGGCAAAUUCGUGGAGGUGACCACACCGGCGGCCAGCAAUCCCUUCAACGCACUGCUCAACGGCCAGGCCAGCACUUUUCAGACAUUCGCCAAGCGACUGUCGCCGGAGGGCGAGUGCAAGGACACUCUCUCCUCGCAGGGAUCCUCGUCGAACGAUGGCCGCUGGCCGCCCACGGGUCGCAAGCUGCUCGCCUCCCCACUCACCCCGUUGACGCCCAGCGGUGGCAGCAGCAGCAGCGGUGGCAAGACCAGGAAAUCCCGCGCUGGCAAGGAGUCAAAGCACUACAAGGAGUCGGACAUCCUGGAGAGCCCGCCGCAACAGUACUGCGCCAGUGCGCUGAGCGACAAGAUCAGCGACUACGAGGACGUCUGGUCACACGAUCCCAGCGACCGGGCCAGCCUCCUGACCACUUUCCGACCGGCCCCCGAUUCGAUGGGCGGCGUGAUGAACCGGCGGCCCGAUCUGCUGGCCGAGACACCGAGCACACCCACACCGACGCAGUCGUCGCACCUGACGCCCUGCGAGGAGGAAACCACAGUCACGCCCAACGAAAGCUCGAGCCAAUCUCUGCUGCAGUUCCCGGGCGAUAUUCCAGCCCGUUCCCGAGCCGGUCUGCUCCUAGCGAAUCUACCGGGUGGUCAGGCGCCAGCAGGCACAAUGACCCAAUCCCUGACGGCGGCCGUCGAAGAUGAUGGGGGCGAUACCACGCCCACGGCCGAGGGACAGAGCCACGGAGCCAGCAGUCGCAGCAAGCAGGGCAGCCCCUUCUACGCGGAACCGGCGGAUGCACUGCGUCAGGCGGGCCUGACCAGCGCAGCCACCGCCAUCCUGAGGAGGCCGCCUCGCAGCCAGGCGCUGCACGCCAGCCAAAGACACUCGGAACCACUGAAACCGGGCUCCGGAAUUUCGGGUAAUGGGGCAAUGUUGCAGCCCAGCGAGCUGGAGAAACUUGCCGGAAGCCUGGACGAGCUGAAGCCCAAGCCGAAGGUUAGUCAGCUCCAGCUCCAGCUGCAACAGCAGACACAACAGCCAACCAAGCGGCCGCAGAAACGGACCGACCAAUGGCCACUGGACAGCAGCUGGGAGUUCAUGGCCAAGCAGGAGACGGGAAGCCAUGCUGGCGGGGACUACGAUGCGGCGGUCAUCGACUGGCAGGAGAAGGAGAACUCGCUGGGCAGGGAGGGCAGUCGGAAGCGCACGCUGACCAUCCACCAGAUCAUCGCCAAGCGACUGCCCGACCUCAAUUUGCCGGAACUGGUGCGCUGCUCACCGCCACUGCAGCCGCAUGUCCUGGGACAGGAUAAGGUCGGACUCGGAAUCGGACUCGGAACUGGGCUCGGAUUUGGAGUGGGAGUCGGGGGCAGCGAUGGCAGCCAAAACGGUUGCAGGCUGUCCUCCUACGACAACGUCUUCUGCCAGAACUCAUUCGGCGGCAUCGAUUCGGCCCAGUCCGACGAUGGAACCAUCUUCUCGGAGCCCUGGGAUUCGUCCCAGUGGGACACCUUCAUGCCCCACGAUGAUGCCACCAUCAACUCGGACACCAUCCAUCUGUCCAAGUGCCGACCCGCGCUCUCCGAGGACGACACGAUCAUUGAGGAACUACAAAGCACCAAAGACGGCAGCAAUGCCAGCUGCAACCAGGACACACUCAAGGCCAACCGGAACGGUGCUGGACACCACAAGCCCAACAAUGCGGGCCACAAUGGCAAGGCCAACAGUCGAACCAAAGUGGCCACAAUUCUGCGAAACCCCAGCAUGCGGGAUCGUGAAGUCUUAUGUCACCCCCGCAACAAGAUGAGCCUGCAGAGCAGUGGUCCCGGCGAUUCCCUGCGAGCCUACACCCUCCAGCUGGCCCAGGAUCCCAGCUCCACGUUUGCCCGCAACAUCGAGAACUUCAUUUGCUGCACGAAGGAGUCGCGCGAGGCGGCACCGCAAGUGGUGAUGCGCAACAUGCGCCAGUUCAUGAGCGGCAUGAAGAACUAUCUGGUGAAGCACGGCGAGGGCAAGUUCCAUGCCGAACUGGAGACGGCCAGGGCGCGACUGAAAUCCGAUGAGUUCCUCAAUCUGGAUGCCAUGCUGGAGACGGUGAUGCAUCAGCUGGUGGUGCUGCCGCUGCGGGAGCAUCUCUACGGCAUCUUCGUGGAUCACUACCAGCGCAGCGAGGACAUUCAGCUGUUGGCGCAGAAUGUGCGCUAUGCCUGCGAACGGGAGGCGGUCGACUUCGGGAUCAGGGCCACGGUCACGCCGCCAUCGCAGGCCGCUCUGCGGCUAAUUGCCAACCUGCUGUGGCGACUCCAGGAGGCCGAGCUGCCACUGGACAAGCUGGAGCUCUUCCUGUGCGUCAUCUCCACGGUGUUCGAUGCCACUGGGUGUCCGCGUGGCCAGCAGCUGGGCGCCGACGACUUCCUGCCCGUCCUCGUCUAUGUGGUGGCCAAGUGCGGCUUCGUGGGCGCCGAAAUCGAGGCAGAGUUCAUGUGGGGCCUGCUGCAGCCGACGCUAUUGAACGGCGAGCCGGGCUACUACCUGACCGCCCUCUGCAGCGCCGUCCAGGUGCUCAAGACCUUCAUGGCCUCCGAGGGCGAGAGCGGCACCGGAUCCCUGGACUGGCGCUCCAGCUGCCUGCCCGCCUGCUCCAGCGUGCUGCGCGUGAUCAUCCCCGACGAGUGCAACGGAUCGCUGCAGACGAGGACGUUGCCGGUGCGACCGCACACCACCACGCGCGAGGUGUGCCGCAUCAUAGCGCACAAGGCGCGCAUCACGAACCCGCAGGACUACGCCCUCUUCAAGCUGGUCGACGGCGAGGAGACGCUGCUGACGGACGCCGAGUGUCCGCAGGAUGCCCGUCUGGCGGCCAAGGGGAAGCACUGCAUGCUGGCCUACAAACGGAUCGAUGCCAAGAUCGCCUGGCCCACUGCCCAGCUGGCAGGACACUGAUUCAUUGAUUCACUGGUCCACUGAUCCAAUGAUCCAAUGAUCCACUGAUCAAAUGAUCCAAUGAUUCCCUAGGGACAUAUAUACAUAUUGCCCCAACACAACCCGCCCCUCUCUUGCUCACUAACCAAGCAUAUUUGAUUAAUAAUUUAUUAUUAUUACAUUAAAAUAUACUUAGUAGCAUGUAAGUAAAGCUAAUUAAUGCUAAUUAGAAAGCAUCUAAUGUGUACUAAACAUCAGUAUUGAGUUAAGUGUGUUUUUUUUUCCAAUCAUAUGUUUUUUUUUUGCUAAUAAAUAUACUAUGCGAAUAAUA